GAGAGAGAGAGAGAGUGAGCAGGACCUGGGAGAAGAGCAGCGAGAGAAAAAGAGGAGAGAGAAACGGAACAACGACACAAAUGGCACUCAUGGCAGGGAUUUUGUUCACGGCCACCUUUCUUGUUUUUGGGAUUUCUACCUUUGUCUCUCCGGCACGGAUAUACCCCCCCAAUGAAGUCACGUUAUUGGACUCCAGAUCCGUACAGGGGGAGCUGGGAUGGGUCGCCAACCCCACAGAAGGAGGGUGGGAGGAAGUGAGCAUUAUGGAUGAAAAGAACAUUCCCAUCCGGACGUACCAGGUGUGUAACGUCAUGGAGCCAAGCCAGAACAACUGGCUCCGCACCGACUGGAUCCCCCGAGGCGGUGCCCAGCGAGUCUACAUCGAGAUCAAGUUCACCCUCCGGGACUGCAACAGCCUCCCGGGUGUCAUGGGAACCUGCAAGGAAACCUUCAAUCUCUACUACUACGAGUCCAACAACGACAAGGAGCGCUACAUCCGCGAGAACCAGUUCGGCAAGAUCGACACCAUCGCCGCCGACGAGAGCUUCACCCAGGUGGACAUCGGCGAUCGCAUCAUGAAGCUGAACACGGAGGUCCGGGACGUGGGCGCUUUGAGCCGGAAGGGCUUCUACUUGGCCUUCCAGGAUGUUGGGGCGUGCAUUGCGCUCGUGUCCGUCAGGGUCUACUACAAGAAAUGUCCGCUGGCGGUGCGGAACUUGGCCCAGUUCCCCGAUACCAUUACUGGAGCCGAUACCUCGUCGCUUGUGGAAAUUCGCGGGUCAUGCGUGGAUAAUUCAGAGGAGAAGGAGGUUCCGAAGAUGUACUGCGGGGCGGACGGAGAGUGGCUGGUGCCCAUUGGGAAUUGCCUGUGUAACCCCGGAUUCGAGGAGCGCAAUGCAGAAUGCCAAGCCUGUAAGAUCGGUUACUUUCGGGCUCUGGCCACCGACGGCUCCUGCGCCAAGUGUCCUCUACACAGCUACUCCGUCAGGGAGGGAUCCACCUCCUGCGUCUGCGACAAGGGAUACUUCCGCUCCGAAACAGACCCGGCAUCCAUGCCCUGCACCCGCCCUCCGACGGCGCCCGACCACCUCAUCUCCAAUGUGAACGAGACCUCGGUGAACCUGGAGUGGAGCCCGCCCCUCAGCUCUGGGGGGCGCCAGGACUUGACGUACAACGUGGUGUGCAAGCGCUGCGGGCCCGACGGACGGCGCUGUCAGCCGUGCGGUAACGGCGUCCACUUCAGCCCCCAGCAGCUGAGCCUGAAGGGCACCAGGGUGUCCAUCAACGAGCUGCAGGCCCACACCAACUACACCUUCGAGGUGUGGGCGGUGAACGUCUCGCCGCAGAGCCCGGGGCCGGAACAGGCCGUGUCCGUGACCGUCACCACCAACCAGGCCGCUCCCUCUCCAGUGACUUCUAUCCAGGCGAAGGAUAUCACAAGACACACCAUCUCACUGGCCUGGCAUCCGCCAGAUAGAGCCAACGGGGUCAUCCUGGAGUACGAGGUCAAGUACUACGAGAAGGACCAAAAUGAAAGAAGCUACAGGAUCAUAAAGACCUCGUCGAGGAACACCGACAUCAAAGGUCUAACCCCCCUAACUUCCUACGUCUUCCAUGUGCGAGCUCGCACGGCGGCCGGCUACGGUGACUUCAGCGGCCCGUUUGAGUUCAUGACAAACUCCGUUCCAGCUCCCAUUAUCGGCGAUGGGGCCAACUCCACGGUGUUACUGGUGUCGGUGGUGGGCAGCGUGGUCCUCCUCCUCAUCCUCAUCAGCGCCUUCGUCAUCAGCCGAAGAAGGAGUAAGUACAGCAAGGCCAAGCAGGACUCUGACGAAGAGAAGCACUUGCAUCAAGGAGUGAGGAUAUACGUUGACCCCUUUACCUACGAGGACCCCAACCAAGCCGUCCGCGAGUUCGCCAAAGAGAUCGACGCCUCCUGCAUCAAGAUCGAGAAAGUCAUCGGCAUUGGGGAGUUCGGCGAGGUCUGCAGCGGCCGCCUGAAGAUGCCGGGCAAGAGGGAGAUCUGCGUGGCCAUCAAGACGCUGAAGGCCGGCUACACCGACAAGCAGAGGAGGGACUUCCUGUCCGAGGCCAGCAUCAUGGGCCAGUUCGACCACCCAAACAUCAUCCACCUGGAGGGCGUGGUCACCAAAUGUAAGCCAGUGAUGAUUAUCACAGAGUACAUGGAAAACGGAUCGCUGGAUGCAUUCCUGAGGAAGAACGACGGCCGCUUCACGGUGAUCCAGCUGGUCGGCAUCCUGCGGGGGAUUGCGUCGGGCAUGAAGUACCUGUCUGACAUGAGCUACGUCCACCGCGACCUGGCGGCUCGCAACAUCCUGGUCAACAGCAACCUGGUGUGCAAAGUGUCCGACUUCGGCAUGUCCCGAGUACUGGAGGACGACCCCGAGGCCGCGUACACCACCAGGGGAGGGAAGAUCCCCAUCCGCUGGACGGCCCCGGAGGCCAUCGCCUACAGGAAGUUCACCUCGGCCAGCGACGUGUGGAGCUACGGCAUCGUCAUGUGGGAGGUGAUGUCAUACGGCGAGCGGCCGUACUGGGACAUGAGCAACCAAGACGUGAUCAAGGCUAUCGACGAGGGCUAUCGGCUGCCCCCACCCAUGGACUGCCCCGUGGCGCUCCACCAGCUCAUGCUGGACUGCUGGCAGAGGGAGAGGGCCGACCGGCCGAAGUUCGGACAGAUCGUCAACAUGCUGGACAAGCUGAUCCGCAACCCCAACACCCUGAAGAGGACUGGGGGAGACCACUGCCAGGCCUAACACCACCCUGCUGGAGCCGGGGAGCCCCGAGGCGUCCGCGGCCGUCGGCACGGUGGAGGACUGGCUGCAGGCCA